UUGCAUGGCCACGGAGUGCGCGUAUGCACAAGUCCAAGCUACUGUUUCCAAAUUCCAACCCAAAACUAAAGAUAUACGUCUCCUUGUUAGAUGGACAUGUAAACUACAAUCAAACCCUCUAGUCUCGAUACUCACAUUGAAUAAUUUGCAGGCGAUCGAAUACUGGUUGAUCAAAACUGCAUCCGGCAAGAUUAUUCAAUUUUGUUCCAUGGACUUGGCUGGAUCCGUGAGGGAGAGACUUUGUGAAUCACAAGCUGCUGUAGAGUGUGGUGAUCUGCAUCAGUUGGAGUCGGUAGGAAAAUUUUCCUCAAAAUUCAGGAAAAUCAAUUAAUUAAGUGAUCGAGCUUGACUUAAUUCUAGAAGAUCUGCAAAUUAGUCGAUAUAAUAUAUAGCAUUUCUUUUCCGAUCGAGGAGUUGGGUGAGAUAUAGAGAAAUUCUACAAGAAGAAAGUAGGAGCUAGUUUCAGUACUCUUGUUUUAAUUUGUAUAUAUAUGUCUAUUGGCUACAUUUAGAUUUCCCAGCAGGCCAGCUUAGCUUAGAAAGACAUAAUUCCAAUGGAGGAGAAGCUGCUUCCUCCUGGGUUUAGGUUUCAUCCCACCGAUGAGGAGCUCAUCACCUACUAUUUGACUGGAAAGGUCACCGAGAUUGGAUUUGUCACCGAAGCUAUUGCAGAUGUUGAUCUCAACAAGUGCGAUCCUUGGGAUCUCCCGGGGAAGGCGAGUAUGGGGGAGAAAGAGUGGUACUUCUUUAGCAUAAAGGAUCGAAAAUAUCCGACGGGGCUUCGUAUCAAUCGAGCCACAGAGUCGGGUUAUUGGAAGACCACCGGCAAGGACAAAGAGAUCUUUCAUCGUCGAGUCUUGGUCGGGAUGAAGAAAACCUUGGUGUUCUACAAGGGCAGAGCCCCCACGGGCGAGAAGACCAACUGGGUGAUGCACGAGUACAAACUAAUCCACACUAAGCUUCCCUACAGUGCAAUUACAAAGGAAGAAUGGGUGGUGUGCAGGGUCUUCAAAAAGAGUUGCAGCGGGAAGAUUAUUAAGCCACAACCAAGCCCUCUACAAGCGUCACUGGAUUAUUAUUCCUCGUGCAACAAUUUCACCUCACUCAAUGCGUCCAAUUUAAACGAUUUCGUGAGCACCAGCUCAACAAUUGGCUCGCAGAAGCCUUUGCAGCUACCAAAUUACAACGGUGAGUGGAUCCAAGGCCUGUUGGGCGCUGGAAUCGUCCCAGAAAUGAUGAAGGCUUCGUUGCCGGCGAUCCAUCAUAUUGUUCAACCUCAUCAGGCACGAGCUGAAACAAUGCAAGCGGCUGCAAUGUCGGACGUCGCCAGCUUGGGCUCGUGCGUGGCUCAGGGCGACAACAAUUUGGACGGCGUUUCUACGCAGGAAAUACUUUGGAGAGAUUACUAAGAAACGAAGAUCGUCGACCGAUUGCUUGGGCCAUCAGUGAUUGCCAGCUGUGCACUGCUCGCGCUGGCUCGGCGAGUGCAAAUCAAUCAACGUGCCUGUUUCCGAAGGUUCGGCACGGCACGGCACGGCAGCCGUGCACGCUAUACUUUUCU